AUGAGCUUAACUAUCAUAUACAGAAAAUUGUAAGAACUUAAAGAAAAGGAAAAGAAGAUUUAGGAUUUUUACGACCCUGUCAAAGUUCAUAAAUUUUAGCACCCUCAUAUUUAAGAUUUGCGUGAUGAUUAUUAAGAAGAUAUUUAAAAUUAUGGAUUUUCUCGUUUUGCUUUCAAAGAAGAAAAUGAAGCUUCACUAGAUGAGAAGGAUGCAAUAAAGUAAAGCUCUACUCAUUAGCAUAAUAGAGUUGUCUCACCAAAAGGAAAUAUUUCAUAAUAUAACUCAAAUAUUAAACCAUAGAGCGCUUAAAUCAGGCCAACAACAGCAAAAAAACCUAAUAGCGAAGGGGGAGUUAGUUUUUAAAAUUAGUUAAUUAGUCCUAAAUCAGUAACGAGUUCAAUAAGACCUACAACUGCUAAUAAAUUUGCUCCUGAUGCAACUGUACAAUCAGAAUUUCAAAUGACAAAAACACUUUAAUCACAAUAUUUAAAUUCAAUGAGGCCUUAAACCGCAGCUUUGUAAUCAAAUUUAAAUAGUGGUUAAGCAAUAAGAAAUAUAUAGUCAGCUAAUUAAUAUAAAGGAUAUGAUACUAUAAACGAUAGAGUAUUUAUUUAAGAGUAAGAAGAAUACUAGACAUAAGAAGGAUAAUAAGAAAAUUAAGAUUAAAAUAAUCAAGGCUAAGAGGUAGGCAAGAAGAUAAAGCAUUGGAAAUUCACAAAAAAAUAUGACACAAAUGGAAAGUAAGCUGUUAGAAACUAAUCUGCUUUAAGAAAAAUUGUCAUGGAAGGAUAAGAUGGUUAAGAAGAAAUGAUUGAUGAUGAAGAGAUAUAGUAAGUUUAAGAGAAAGCUAUGGAAAACAGAUUAAACGGAUAAAAAAUAUUUAUCACUAAAGAUGGACACGUUUUAGAAAAUAGAGAAAAUCAUGAACUAAACAUUUUAAGAAAGUACUCUCCAUCAGAAAGGGAAAAAAUUAAUUUUCUUGAUUCGUUUCAGUCUUAAAAAAAAUUUUUAAGCUAAGGAGAAAUACAAUUUAAGAAAAUAUAUUCACACCAGGUCGCAGAAAAAAAAUAAGACAGUUAGUAAGAUAAAAAGUAGUCAACUAAUGAAAACCUUAAUACUGACCCAUCUUAGAAAGGGGUAUCUUCAUCAAUAAGGAUAAAUACAAAUUAAUCAGGAUAAAAGAAAAGAAAUGACAGACCUUAAACCGCUGUAGCUUUUUCAAAUACUGGCACAGAAAAUUCAUAAAAAAACAAAAACAGCUCUCAAAAUAAAACAGGCAUUUAAUUUAAAAAAAGGAUUUUUUCUUCUAGACCCUAUUCAGCAUCGAACGAAUAAAUAAAAUUGUUUUUAGAAGAAGACUAAAAACUUUUUAACAUAAAAAAAAUAAAAUCAGCAGUAUUAGAUAAAAAUGGUCCAUCUAAAUUCUUUACUGGGAAUGAAUACUCUUCUUUAGAAUAAACUGAAUGGAAUUUCCCAAAUUUAUAAAAAGAUUUUUCAUUUAAGGUUGAAGUAAUUGACAUGAAAACCAUGAAUUUUGUGAAAUUUGAUAAUGUAAAGAUAAUAAACAGCUAGCUUGUUCAUACUACUUAUAAAGAGGAACAAGUUCAAAUUAACUUUGAAAAAAUAUUCACUCUCUUAGGAAAGUAGCAUCAGCCGACUCAUGCCAUGACUUCACCUUAAUCUUUUUUUCAUGUUUUGAUUUAUCAAAAACUUUCAUCUGAUGAAGAAACUAUUUUAUUUGAGAAGUUUAUCUUCAAAGGAACAAUUUAGUAAUCUCUAGAUUUUGGAAGUUAGAAUAUUCUUUUCCUUUACUAUAUCAGGUAUCUGCUAUGUUUUGAUCCUACAGAUAUAGAAUUUAAAUCAAUAUAUAACAAUUCACUUUAUAUCCUUGAAAAAAAAAGAACAAUACCAUAACCUUUAUACAAAUACCUGUCAUUACUCUAAAUGAAGGCAAUUUAUGUUGAGGAUCUAAAUUAAAAAACUUACUAAUUUCAUAUAUUCCCAUAACUACAGAGCUAGCUCUUAGUUGAAGAAUCUUCAAUGAAUGUCCUAUAUCAACAUAAUAAAAGUCCCGUUAAAGAGUGGGAGUCAACUGAUUUAAAGCAUAGUUCGUAUAAUUACCAUAGUAGUGCAUUUAAUGGUUAAAUGAAUGAAAAUGAAAAUAUGGGUAAUUAUUAAACAAAAAGGCCUACAACAGCAAUUCCUUAUCAAAAUUAAAAUAAUUAAAAUUAUUAGUGGAAUAGUGCGUAAAUAGAUAACAACAUUUAGUAUUCUAAUACGCACUAUAAUACACAUCAUUCCUAAUUAUAAAGCCCAUAACAAAAGUAACAAUAAUAAAAGUAGCUGCCUUUCUUCAACUAGCAAAUUUAAUACUCAUCAUCUCAAUCUCAAUUGAAUACUUAAUAAAUCAUUUCAAAGUAUUAGCAUAAUUAACUACCCCAUCAUUCUCUACCAAAUUCUAAUUUGUUACAAAACAACUUCAUAAAUUAAUAGCUGCAAAAGCCUAGUCUACCUUUAGACUACAUUAAAAAUGGACAGCAAAAGCAAGGAUUGAGGCCUAAAACAGCUGUAUCUAAAGGAAUACGCAGUCCAUCUGCUUCUUCGUUAUCUGGUUUAAACUCUGGAAACUUAACUGAAGGUUAAAAACGCCAUCAAUUACAUAAUUAAAUGCUUUAACUUUCUGAGCAUCUCAGAAACGAUGGAAAAAAAUAUGAAAAGAAUGUCAAAGGUUUUUCAUCUCCAAUGUUUAUAAAAGGCUAAUAGGUCAAACCAUCUUUUAACAAAGAUACUGGGAUAUAUUUCGUAAACCAGCAUUGA